UCUGCUACCACAACUACAACUUUGCUUUUGAGAUUUAUUGCCUCUCCUCCCUCACUGACAUCCAUAUCCUCCCUCCUAUGCUUGUAGCUGGUUUCGAAGUUGUUCCCAGAGAAAUUACAUGUUCUGGCAUGGGAUAUCUCUCUAACAAUUAAUCCAAGAGGCUUUCUAGCUUGAGUGAACGGAGGAGGCUUUCCUGCUGUUACUGCUCCCAAGGUUUCAUUUCUCUUGAUCACUUCUUCCAUGCGAUUUGCCUUUACCCUCUGCUUCUCCUAGCCUGUGGUAAUCGGACUUGCAGAGUAGAGUGAGAGCUAGAACAAAUGUCUUGGUUUCAAAGCACGUAAAGUGUUUCCUAACUUCCUCCUCGAUCAAUCCACUGAGAGCUCACACACACCAUCCGAAUGACCAAGUUGUUUUCCUUCUUUGAGGAACACUCUUUUAUGUUCUAAAUAGACUUAAAUAAGAUUUGCAUGUCAUGCACUGACAGAGGCAGAUCUUGCACACCGUAGAAUUCAUGAUGUCUCAGUGCACCUCGAACUCCUACGACCGCUCCAUCGAUAUGCCCAUGGCUGAUAACGGUGGAUACCCGAGUGCUGGUGGUGGUGGUGGUGGCGGUGGUGGUGGGGAUGAUUCCCAGCCAUGGCUUGCCCCGCAGUUAGUCGCCACAGGCGCUCAAGCUCUUCCUUGGGAUCUCUACGCCACCCAGUCGAACUUGUUCGACAGGACGAUGGAUGACGACAUCCUCCACGAUGGCUCUACCAGGAACUUCUUCCAUUGCGGCAAUCCUCCACCUCCGCUGUCGGAGUCUAUGGUCGACGAUGGCAUCCCGGACGACGCACCGGCGUAUCACAAUUUUGGGGAGAUGGUUGGCCACGGUAAGGAGUCGCUGAAGAUGGAAGGCAGCGCCCGAACCGAGUCGGGCUCGGACGGCAGCGACGACGACGAGGAGCACCGGCCGGCGAGGAGGUCCGGUAAGCAACACUGCUCGAAGAACCUCUUCGCGGAGCGGAAGAGGAGGAAGAAGCUCAACGAUCGGCUCUUUGCUCUGCGCGCGCUGGUUCCAAAGAUCACAAAGAUGGACAGGGCUUCGAUACUAGGAGACGCCAUCGAGUACGUGAUGGAUUUGCAGAAGCAAGUGAAGGAUCUGCAGGACGAGCUGGAGGAGACGAAUCAGGAGGACGCCGGCCACGACAAGCAGAUCGGAAGCAACCUCCACAACAGCAACAGCCAAAUGGAUGUCCCGAUCGCAAAUGGGUGGACGGAUCACGACGAUUCCGGGAACAAUCCGAGGACGGUCGCCGCAGCCGACGAUAACAAGCCAUCAUCCGACAAGGGUCAGCAGAUGGAGGUGAUCGAUCAUCUUUACAUGUUCUACCGCCGCAACGCAAGAAAGCCCUCCUUACUGCAUCUAGAUGCAAAUGAGCAGCCACAGGUGGAGGUGAGGCAACUGGAGGCGAACGAGUUCUUCGUAAAGGUGCUGUGCGAGCACAAGCAAGGAGGGUUCGCGAGGCUGAUGGAGGCGAUGAGCUCCCUGGGACUGGAAGUGACCGACGCCAGUGUCACCUCAUACGAAAGCCUAGUCUUGAACGUCUUCAGAGUCGAGAGAAGAGAUGCCCAAGUGGUGGAAGCAGAUCGAGUGAGGGACUCAUUGCUGGAGGUGACGCGAGAACCGCAAGGGUGGUCAGGGCUUGCACAAGCAGUGGAGCAGCAGCAGCUCGGCUUCCAUCAUCACCUUCGUUACCUUCACCACCAAGCAUAGCUCGGCAACACAGCGGUGUGCUACUCCACGAUAAGUAUGGUUUCAGCUCAUCUACCAUGUUAUUAAUCCUCGUAUGCUCUCGAUAAAUAAGAUCGACCCAUAAAACAUGUUCUCUGUGGACGGUGAUCGAAAGAUUCUUGUAUGGUGGUACAAAGAUUCGUUGACGGGUUGGAACAUUGGAAGUUGUGGAGCAGCUUUUGGUGUGUGGAAG